CAAGGUCAAUUAACCCGUCGAAAAGGAAGGGAGAGAAACCCUGGUGUACUGUGCGAGCUGAGUGAAACCCUCUCACUUUGACUUGAGCCACCAAGGAUUUUCCGACAUCAUGGCCAAAGUCAUCUUCACCCCGUGGAAGGAGCAAUCCCAAUUGCUGGUGGUGCGGAAUCAAUUCUACCCUCCGCCGCUAUACGAUGGGCCCGACAUGCGAUCCAGGGCCUGCGCCACAGUUAGCGCAUGGAAGUUGCGAGGCAACCUCCCCCAUCCCGUCGAGGCGACCGCCUUGUUAACGGAUGCGAUUCUCCAUGAUGACGCGCAGAAGAACUCCAUCUUCUCUAUUCGCGCGACCUAUGCGGCUGCUUUUUGUCGCUUCGUGACGGGCCUCGUCGACUCCAAGCUCGGCGGUGUCCGCCGGACCAUGUUCCAGCGCGCCCUGGACCUGGGGCUCCCGGCCUCGUUCGUGGAGCUGCGGCACGAGGCCACGCACCGCGAGCUCCCGUCGCUGACGGUGCUGCGCAACGCGUCGCAGCGGUCCCUGGAGUGGCUGUGGGAUUAUUACUGGGCCAAGACCGAGGCGUCUGUUCCGGGUUUGGGGGUGGCCGAGCCAGAAGAAGAGGAGGAGGAGGAGGAGGAGGAAGCUGAUCUCGAACCGCUCAAGUCGGCGUUUCGGGACACUCUGGAGCAGAUUGUAGCCGACGGGGAGCAGCAGCAACCUCCGCGGAAGAAACGCAAGGUCCAGCAACAUUUGAAUGCCGUUGCCGGUGAGGUGGUGUCGACGUGUCGGUCGUCGGGCCGCGGGAUCGCCGCUUUAGCGAGCGUGCUGGUGCAGGAGUCGUUGUUGGUUCCGGGAGGGAGGAGGAUGGGAGAGGCAAUGGCUGCUCAGUUCGACAGAUGGGAUCCGUUAUUGCAGAUGGUUGCAGAUGCGCAGCCUACGUUUCUGUCGAGUCUGACGGAGGAGCUGGCGAAUGCGCUGGCGUUCACGACGCGGCCGGAUCAGGCGAAGACGGAUCCCCGCUGUGAGGGUGCCUAUUUGUGGCUGGACCACAUCUUGGGGUCGGCGCAGUGGGAGUCGCGGAGACGGCUGGUCUCGUAUGCGUAUAUGCUGGCGGUGUGUGAGCAGGUUGCGAACCAUUGGACGGAUCUGCUGAAGGAGAGCCUGGCGGAGAGACAGGACGAGGCGGCGACGUCGGUUGAUGGCGAGGGUUCAGGGCGCACGACGAGGUCUGCUGCAGCGACGCGGAAAGUGGUGCACAACCAGGAUGUUUUGUACUCGUUGAAGAGGUUAGGGAUUGAGAAUACUGAGAUACGUGAUCAGGGAUCCCGUCCUUCCACGUUCAUUGCACCCCCCUCCUCCAGAGCCAUGCAUAUCCAAUCGAUUCCGAUGUGGACCGGGAAGGGCAACAACUAUGCCUACCUGGUCACCGACGAGCCCACCAAGCAGUCGGUCAUCAUCGACCCGGCCAAUCCGCCCGAGGUGACCCCCGAACUAGAAUCGCAGAUCAAAGCCGGCAAGAUCGACCUCACGGCGAUCGUCAACACUCACCACCACUGGGACCACGCCGGCGGCAACAACGAGCUGCUCAAAACCUUCGGCAAGCUGCCCGUCAUCGGCGGCAAGGACUGCCAGUCCGUGACGCAGACGCCCGCGCACGGCGAGACCUUCCGCAUCGGCGAGCGCAUCGCCGUGACGGCCCUGCACACGCCCUGUCACACGCAGGAUAGCAUCUGCUAUUUCAUGCAGGACGGGGAGCAGAAGGUCGUGUUUACGGGGGAUACGUUGUUCAUUGGGGGAUGUGGUCGGUUCUUUGAGGGAACGGCCCCGGAGAUGCAUAAGGCGUUGAAUGAGACGCUGGCGGCUUUGCCGGAUGAUACGAAGGUUUAUCCGGGACAUGAAUACACCAAGGCCAACGUCAAGUUCUGUCUGGCGGUGUCGCAGUCCGAGCCGAUCAAGCGACUGGAGGCGUUUGCGGAGGCGAAUCAGGAGACGCAGGGGAAGUUUACGAUUGGGGAUGAGAAGCUGCACAAUGUUUUCAUGCGCGUCAAUGAACCCGAGAUCCAGAAGAAGACUGGCAAGACGGACCCGGUGGAGGUGAUGGCGGCGUUGCGGGAGAUGAAGAAUGCUAUGUAAGGUGGUGGUGUGUCUGAGUGCGGUGUAUCAGUAUAUCCUAGGAAAAGGGAUGGGCGAUGUAUAACGGUGACGGAUGUAGCGUAUGGUUGACAGGUGGGGAGUGGACGCAUUGGACUGUUUCAUACUAGUAACUAUUCUCAAGACUGCUUGCUGUCACUCUGGC